AUGGGUGGGGGCUGUCUUCUUGCUUCCCAGUAUCUUUGGCUUUUGUCCUUGUCUUUAGAGCUGGACACCGAAUCAGGUGGGUCUGCGUUGUCUUUAGAGCUGGACACCGAAUCAGGUGGGUCAUCACCAUUUCCUCCGCUAGACACCGAAUCAGGUGGGUCUUCUCCAUUUCCUCCUUUGAACACCGAAUCAGGUGGGUCUUCUCCAUUUCCUCCUGUAUACCAGUAUCUUUGGCUUUCCGUACUUGUCUUUAGGGCUGGAUAUGAUCAGAUGGGUCUUCUCCAUUUCCUCAUCUUUAAUUUCGUUGCCUUCUCCUUUGUUCGAGCUUUAAGUUCGUUGCACCUUGACUGUAUACUCCCAAUCUUUGAAGGUGUUUUGCCAGGCAAUCCGUCGUCGGGUCGAAGAGUGCCACUGUCCACUGUUUCUCCUUUCUUCGAGGUAAGACUCAGCAACGGCUUCGAUUCUUGGCCAGUCGGCCGGAGAGUGCCACUGUCCACUGUUGAACGGCUUCGAUUCCUGGCCAGUCGGUUAUAUCGGAGAGUGCCAACUGUUCUCCUUUGUUCGAGCUUUAAGUUCGUUGCACCUUGA